AUGUCGGACCCGAAGAACGAAAACAUUUGCAAACGAGGCACGCCUCAAUUUGCUUUGUAUCAGCGUGAAAACUUUUGGAAAUCCAAUGAGGGUGAAGUGCCGCCAUUCAAUACUGACCCGGGUAAGCUAGAGGAGCUUGCGAAGGAAAAGCUUACGCAGAAUGGCUGGUACUAUGCCUCUUCCAAUGCGGGUCUUUCACACACCCAUCUCGCCAACCGACAAGCUUUCUUCAGGCACAAAAUCAUUCCCCGCCAGCUCGUGGAUACAAAUGUCAGAGAUACGAGUACUUUCAUAUUUGGUCAUAAAGUCGCUGCCCCUAUCGGCUUCGCUCCGAUAGGAAUCAACAAGAUCUAUCACCCAUUGGGAGAGCUUCCUGUUGCUAAAGUGGCUGGUGAAUUGAACCUGCCCUACGCUCUCUCGACCGCGGGUUCCCAACCAAUAGAGGAUGUCGGCAAAGCCAAUGGCCCAUCAUCACCCCGCUUUUUUCAGUUGUAUAUGCCACAUGAUGAUGAGCUCACAGUCUCACUUUUGACUCGCGCUUGGGAAUCCGGCUUCGACGCCUGCAUGCUAACAACCGAUACGUGGCAGCUUGGCUGGCGGCACGACGACGUUACUACCAGUAAUUACGCAUUCUACCACGGCAUCGGCGCUGAUUUAGGGCUCAGCGAUCCGGUGUUUCAGAAACGCCUGCGUGAACAUGGCAUUGAUCCCGUCAGGCAGCCAAAUGAAGCCGGUGCACUGUGGAUCGACAAUGUUUGGCACGGCAGGGCGUGGAGCUGGGAGAAGAUACCAUGGUUGAUCGAGACAUGGAAGGGGAUCUCAGGGGGCAGGCCAUUUUGCUUGAAGGGUAUUCAAAGCGUACAGGAUGCGCAGAAAGCGGUCGAAGUAGGGUGUGAUGGGAUUGUUGUGAGUAAUCAUGCUGGGCGGCAAGUUGAUGGUGCGAUUGCUAGCCUGGAUGCACUCGAGAACAUUGUCAAUGCUGUCGGAGAUAGAACAUACAUUAUGUAUGAUAGUGGAAUACGAGGCGCGGCUGAUGUCGUAAAAGCUUUAGCGCUGGGAGCUAGAUUCGUUUGGGUGGGAAGACUCUGGGUUUGGGGACUGAGCAUUAUGGGUGAACAUGGCGUUCGUCAUGUGAUGAAGAGUCUUUUGGCGGACCUAGAUAUUCUGAUGAAUGUCGGUGGAAUACAGAACAUUGGACAGAUCGAUCGAGAUCUUCUUGAAAUGACAAGCAACCCAGACCGGAGGACCAUGGAACGCCCAGGCUCACAUGAGGAGGCCGGAAACUCAUAUCGGGACAGGGACAAUCUAUCCCUCUACAUGGAAUUACGCGAAGAGUUUGACAUGGCUUCUGUUUGGAUGACUCUCUCCUCAAUGAGGCCAUCUAGAUUUGUUCAAAGCUUGACUUCCUUGGUGCACAAGUGUCACCUAAUGACCAUUUUCCGUGGAAGUAAAGAUUCCAAGCUCGCAGAAGAGAAAAGCGCCCUCCCUAUCGUCCAUGAGGCAGCACCGAGUAAUGAACACCAAAAUGAGGCGGACAUUUCUGUGACCACACCUGAUAAUGGUUCAGAGCACGAAGCUACUGUGGCAACAGCGUCAAAUGAUUUGUUUUGCAUUGACGUUGCAUUGGCUGCAACGAAGGAGACGGUCGAAAACGAUCCCAUUCUUUGCGUAUCAAUCUUAUCCGCAAGGCGAGAGAUUUCCGACACAGCUCUUGCUUGCCUCCGCAGGAUUCUAGGCGAUGCUCAGCCCCAAGGAUUAAGUCUCAUCGACACCAAGAAUCUCGAGAUAACCGAUUUUCAAGUACGCGCUUUGAACGUCGAUGAAGUCGUGGAUCAGAGCAAUGGGCAAACGAUCAAGCUUUUCGCUAUUAUCCAGGGGCUACAAGGAGGGAUUGAGAAGGCACUUGAAGAGCGCGACGAGGCACGACAAGAGGUGGAGCAAGCAAAGAAACAUGGAAAUGUGGAUAGCGAGCUAAAAAAAGCCGACUUCACUGCUUUCACUGGCGACUUGCUAGGAGACCACGCUGGAGACUUGACGGAGGAAGUCAGCUCCAACGUCGACGAGGAAAUCAAAGGGCAGAAUAACACUAAUGGGGGUGAUGGUGCCGCAGAUCCUGGGUCCGCAUUUUCAUCUUCAGGCUCGAACUCCGGCUCUGACCAAGGAUUCCAUGACGAAUCACCCGACAAGCAGGGUAUCGGUAAUGGUACAACGAGUGAUGGGGCCAUUGCAGAGACAACUCCGUCUUCAGACUUGAAGUCCGGCACUGACCAAAAAUAUCAUAAUGAGCCAGCCGACAAGCAGAACAUCACCAACGGUACAACAAGUGAUGGAGCCGCUACCGAGAUAGCCCUAUCUUCCGACUCGAUGUCUGGCAAUGGCCAAGAAUCCCAUAACGGAUCAGCCGACAAACAGAACAUCACCAACGGCACAACGAUUGAUGGAGCCACUACUGAUAUAGCCCCAUCUUCGGACUCGAUGUCUGGCAAUGACCAAGGAUCUCCGACUAGUGAUGGAUCCUCCUUUCCAUCUUUGGACCCGAAGUCUAUCAAUGAUUCAGGAUCUUAUGGCGAGUCAGCCGACGAGCAGAAUGCUAACGGGACAGCAAAUGGAGAAGCUGCUUCAAAGAUAGCCUCAUCUUCAGAAAUCAACUCUGUCAUUAACCACGUAUCUAACGAGGAGCUGCCCCAGGCAACCAAUCCUGAUACCUUGCAGUCUCCCAAACGCCGUGAAUACAACUCUCGCCUGCCUCAGCGACCUCGACACGUCCAUUCCACAUCCAAUCUCCAUGCCGCCAAAGACAGUAACGAGGCGAAGUUCUCACUGGACCAGAUGACGGCACCGGCGCCGGCAACAACAACCAACAUUGGCUGGCUGACGAACGAAGAACGGCAAGACUUAUUUGCGAAUAAAAAGAUGAACUGA